AUGACUAUAGCAAUUCUUCUGUCCUGGAUCCUGCUGGGUGGCUUGAACUGGGUCAGCAGAGCCCAGUCUCCCCCGACGGCGCCCACCCAGGACUGGCGGACCCAGGACCACUCCAGAGGCCGAUGUGCCAUGUACGGCACCUGUGGCCACCGCCGCGACGGCGACCCGCUGGCCUGUGCCGCCAACGCGCCCGCCGUACCGCCGUCGGAGGCGCUGGCGGCACGGUUACAGGCCGUAUGUCCUAGCCUGUGGGCCGACAAGGGCGGGCCAGCGGGCAGGUACUGCUGUACGGCAGAUCAGGUGGACCGAAUCAGUACUGACACUCAGAAGGCGCUUCCCUUCAUCGUCGGCUGCCCCGCCUGCCGUCACAACUUCGUACAGCUCUGGUGCUUGCUCAUCUGCUCACCAGACCAGGCUGCAUUCACAAACGUCACUGCCGUACAAGUCGCAGCAGAUACGGGUGCGGUCAAUGCGGUGGCGGAGGUGGACUAUUGGCUGACGGCGGUGUACGGCAACCAGCUGUACGACUCGUGCAAGGAUGUGAAGUUCGGCGCAGCCAACGUGCCCGCCAUGAGCUUCCUGGGUGGGGGGGCCCGUAGCGGCCAGGAGUGGCUGGACUUCCUGGGCACGGUGAAGGACAAGCGGAUGCCGCCGCUGGGCUCACCCAUACAGAUCAACUUCAGGCCCGAGAACAGCACCCCCCCUGGACUCGCACCCAUGGGGGAGAGGGUGGUGGCGUGUGGGGACAACGCCUUCCGAUGCUCAUGCUCGGACUGCCCCGUGGCGCCGGGCUGUGAGCAGCCGGAUCCCCGGCCCCCCGACCCCUCCCCCGCCACCUGCCGCCUGGGCACCCUCUCAUGCCUCACGUUCGGGCUGAUAUGGCUGUACGGCAUAUUUGUGGCUGCCGUACUGGCGGCCGCUACGACGGGUCGUAUCGGCGGCGGCGGCAAUGGCCUUCAUGGCGGAGGCGGAGCACCACCCGGGCCAGCAGUAGCGGCAGUAGCAGUAGGAGCAGCUCGUAAUGGUAAUGGAGGUGUUGGUGGCAAUUCCGGCGGUGGUGCUAGUGGCGGUGGCAGUGGUGAUGUGCCCCCGGUGGAGAGGUUGCUGCAAGUCAGCUACUUUAGACUGGGUAUGUGGUUGGGCCGCCAUCCUGUUCGUGUGGUGUUUGGCGGGUUGGCGGUGGCGGCGCUGUGCUGCCUGGGGCUGUUCAGGUUCCGAGUGGAGACGGACCCGCAGAGGCUGUGGGUGGGGCCCGCGAGCCAGGCGGCCAGGGAGAAGGCCGCGUACGAGUCCUCCUUUGGCCCCUUCUACCGGGUGGAGCAGAUGAUCCUGGCCACACGGCCUGUGAAAGCGGGGGAGCCGACGACGGCCGCAUCCGCCUCUGCUGCCGGAGGCGCUGCUACUGCUACUGCUACAGCUAUCACUCCCGCGAACCUUCUGUUAUUGUUUGAAAUGCAACGGCUAGUGGACGAGCUGGAGGCCCCUCUGGAGGACCCCAGCUCCCCCACCAUUCGUACUGUACGGCUGACUGACAUCUGUUACAAGCCCUUCGGAGACGCCUGCGCUACCCAGAGUGUACUACAGUACUGGCGGCUAAAUCGUACACUGUACGAUUCUGAACAGGCGAAACCGGCGGGGGUGCCUGGCCGCAUGACGCCGGAAUACUGCUUCAACCAUUGGUACACGGAGUGCCGCUCCUCCUUCCAGGCGCCCAUGGACCCGCACGUGGUGCUGGGGGGGUUCCCGGGGGGCCAGGAUUUCACGAGCUAUUCCUCCGGUGCCACGGCCUUCGUGACCACCUUCCCCGUCGCCUCCUCUCCCGCCCUCCUACCCGCGGCUCGCGCCUGGGAGGCGGCCUUCGUGACCCUGGCUCGAUCCCGGCUGGGGGCGAUGGCGGAGGCGGCUAACCUGACACUCUCCUUUUCAACGGAGCGUCGCGCUUCCUUGGGCCUGGGGGGUGUGGCUAUUGUGGCGGCGAGUGUGGCAGGCGCGCUGGGUCUGGUUAGCGCUGUCGGUUUGUGUUGCACCCUGAUCAUCAUGGAGGUCAUCCCCUUCCUGGUGCUGGCGGUGGGUGUGGACAACAUGUUCGUGAUGGCUGCGGCGAUGGCGAAGCAGGUGCUGGGUGGGGAUCACUCCCUGCCCCCCCCCACGCGCCUCGCCCUGGCGCUCUCCUCCGCGGGCCCCUCCAUCACCCUUGCCGCCGUGUGCGAGGUGGCGGCCUUCGCGCUGGGGGCACUCAUCACGUCCAUGCCGGCAGUACGGAACUUUUCCCUGGCAGCGGCGGCGGCGGUGGCUCUGGACUUUGGGCUGCAGGUGACGGUGUUCGCGGCGUUGCUCGUUCUGGAUGUACGGCGGUUGCACUCGCGCCGGCUGGACUGUUUGCCGUGUGUGCAGCUUGGGGCGGAGGAGGUGGAGGCGGCGGCGCCCAGGGGGCCGGCGGAGAGGGAGGCGGCGGUGGCGGCGGUGGCGGCAGCGGUGGAGAGCAAGAACAGUCCGUACACUCCGCCGCCGGGGACCGCUGCUAUGGAGUACGACAAGUACGACGACUUGCCGCCCACCCUGGGGCCCAGCGAUGAAGGGGAGGUGGAUGAACAUUCGUACUGGUCCCUGCAGCGGGUCCUGCAGGCCUAUUUCGAGCGAGUUCACGCGCCGCUGCUCUCCCUCCCUGCCGUACAAGUGGUUGUGCUACUGCUGUUCGGGGCCUCACUGCUGACGUGUGUCGGGCUACUGCCCAAGCUGCAGGUGGGACUGGACCAGGCGGUGGCACUGCCGAGAGAUUCGUACCUGCAGCCGUACUUUAGGGAUAUCAUGCGCUACCUGCGUGUCGGUCCGCCGCUGCUGCUUGUCGUACGAGAUCUGGAUCUGGAUCCAGCCGCCCGCCAGGUGGAACGAGUGUGUGCCGUAUCCGGUUGCGACCAGGACUCGCUCCUGAACCGGGUCUCCGCGGCCGCCCGGGACCCGGCUCGUUCGUACAUCUCCGCCCCCGCCGCCUCCUGGCUUGACGACUUCAUGAGCUGGCUGUCACCCGACCUGCCCUCGUGCUGCAGCUCCGCAUGCUCCUCCUGCCGUACAUGUGUGCCGGCGGCCUUUGAGGGCGGCCGGCCCUCCCUGGAGCAGUUCCAGACCUUCCUGCCCUGGUUCCUAGCCGCUAAGCCCUCAGAGCGAUGCGCCAAGGGCGGCUUGGGCGCCAGCUUCACUCGUUUGUGGUUCGUCUGUCCCCCCUCCCUCCUUUUCCCCUCCUAUCCUCGGCAGUCUCGCGCCUUCGCCGCCCGAGCCUCCCGGGAGCUUAAACUGGACGUGUACGCCUACUCGCUGUUCCACGUGUUUUUUGAACAGUACCUUUCCGUACUGUACGACACAGCGGCGAUGGUUGGUCUGCCGCUCCUGGCGGUGGUGGGCACUGCCUGGGCUCUGAGCGGCAGCGCCUGGUGUGCUGGUUUGUUGGCGGCCGUGUUGUGCAGCGUGCUGGUGCACCUGGGGGGGGCUAUGUGGCUGGCGGGGAUACAGGUCAACGCCGUGUCGCUGGUCAACCUGGCCAUGGCCCUGGGCAUCGCGAUUUUCGAGGUGUACUACUUCCGGCUGUAUCUGGCGCUGGUGGUGGUGGGGGCGGCGCACGGGCUGGUGCUACUGCCGGUGCUGCUGGCCCUGGCCUUCGCUGCCGCCCCUGUGGCUCGCCCGGCCUCGCGCCGCUCGGCUGUCGUCGUCCGCGCUCAGGCUCAGGAUGUGAGCCGCCGCGCUGCUCUGGGCGCCCUGGCUGGCGUUGCUGCUCUGGUCUCCAACGCCAACCCGUCGAGCGCCGCUUACGGUGACUCGGCUAACGUGUUCGGCAAGGUGACCAACAAGUCGGGCUUUGUGUCCUACGCUGGCGAUGGCUUUGCUCUGCUCCUGCCCAGCAAGUGGAACCCCAGCAAGGAGACUGACUUUCCGGGCGUGACCCUGCGCUACGAGGACAACUUCGAUGCCGUGAACAACCUGGUCGUUAUCGCUCAGCCCACGGAUAAGAAGUCGAUUGAGGACCUGGGCAGCCCGGACAAGUUCCUGGAGUCGGUCAGCUACCUGCUGGGCAGGCAGGCGUACUCCGGCGAGACCGUCUCGGAGGGUGGCUUCGCCCCCAACCGUGUGUCCGCUGCUUCUCUGCUGGACGUGUUCACCACCUCCGACAAGAAGGGCAAGACGUACUACAAGUACGAGCUGCUGGUCCGCACUGCCGAUGGUGAUGAGGGUGGCCGCCACCAGCUGAUUGCCGCCACUGUUGGCAGCGACAGCAAGCUGUACAUCCUGAAGGUUCAGGUCGGUGACAAGCGCUGGUUCAAGGGCGUCAAGAAGGAGGCCAUGGGCGUCUUCGACUCUUUCACCGUCGUGUAAAGCAGUCCAGCCUUUUUUCAGUCUGAAGUGGCAUCGGGAAUGUUCCGCUUUGGUUGACUAGAGUACAACUUCUUUGAAAGGAUGGCGGGUGCGCUGACGCGCGCUUCUUCCCAUCUCAAUUGACUCUACCAAUUACAGUGGAAUGGUGGAACCGGGUGGGAGUCGGGGAUGCGGGCUUCUGUCGGAGAUUUGAGGUGUCGCAUUCUGGUUGAGAAGAGAAUUGCUGUUAGGGCGUAGUGCUAUUCCUGCCGAGUGGGUGCUGCCUAGGCAUAGUGCACAGAUACACUUGGGCGAGGAGUCAGGUGCCGUGUAUGAACAGUUUUGCGAUGGCUUUAUCACUCUCGGCAACUAUGCUCCGAAAGGUGCAUGUAACAUAUGGAGAAUUCCACGAUCGUCG